CGACAAACACCUCAAGUCUUCAAUUGAGAACUUUUUCACCGCAUUAUUAUUUAUAUUUCUUCGUAGAAUCUUCAGACUCCUCUUGUGAAACUAAUCUCGCCCUCACUUCGUAGACGAGGACGGCUCCUUUGUUUGUAAACACGAUCAUUCCUCAUGCAUAAGCCGAAAGAGCGAGAGGGUGCCCCGUCACCCGCGCCCGUGUACAUGUCUUCGCAGCAAAUGGCGAGCUAUUUGCAGGAUCUCCGAACCAACCGUGUCGCCAGGCCGAAUGGCUCCCGGCCCCCUCCUCCUUCCCAAUUCAACACGUGGUCGAGCAGGACGUCCUCAAGAUUCGCCGAGACUCCUGCUGUGUCUCCCUUCUCUCAUCCCACGUUCGAGGACGCUGGUGUUGACGUCAACACUCCCCCACCUGCUUCAGAGCCUCCUUUGGAGCCGGCUCCCGCUCCGCAGUCAGCGCCCGAACCCCACAUGCAUCGCCGCACCACUUCAAAUAUGAGCAUAGACGCACCCAAGCUGAGGGAGCGAACACCGGGCGUGAUAUACAGAGAAAAUGGACAGCGUCAGGUGGAGCGCGAAGAAGCCAGGGCGCUGCGCAUAGCCAUGGAGGAGCUGGAUCUAGAGGCAGACCAGAAGCUGUAUAAGGCUGCCUUAGACGAAGCUGCGGAGCUAGUGUGGAAGCAUCGAAACCCGAAUGCCCCUGGGGCGAACCCAGAUGCACCCUACCCUUAUCCGGGUACAGACGGGAAGGGGGCGCAUGGAAGAAGCCGAAGUCUCGGCAGGGCGGAGCAGGACAUCCAGCGUUCGAACUCGAAGCUGCGGAAGCGCAGCUCGGUGGGCAGUAAUGUUUCCGGCAGCAGGAGCAGUAGUCUGCAGAGUAGGCGAGCUGCCAGUGGGUCAUCCGUCACAGCAAAUGCGGACUUCGGUACCUCACCUCCAAAGCACCCCGCCACCAGCAACAUUGGAGAAGACAUCACCGCACUUCCGCAAAUCCCCUCCAUUCCAAUGGAUGCAAAACAUCGGAGACGCGCCAGUGGCUCUAGGAGGACUGUUAGCGGCAGCCUCUUUAAGAAUCCAAACGAUCAGAUCUAUGAGGAACCCGAGGAGGAAUCUCCUGCUCCUCCUGCUGCGAACCCUCCGCCUCUUGCCAAGUUGCCGCUGCAAGUGCGGAGAAACCCUUUCAGUCGCGUCCAGUUCGCCAAAGACAAUAACCUCGUCAGGUCGAAUACCGAUCCUAUCAUAGGGACAAAGAGAUUUGACCGGUACGAGAUACAGAACAACCCACCAACCCAGUCACGCAAUGCCGCGUAUACUUCCAACGCCCCAGUCACUCCUAAUGCUAAGGAAGACGGCAAGUUGGUUGCUGACAACGAGUCCGAAGUAAAAAUGAAAGAUGGCAAGGAGAUCCGAAGUGAUGAGCUGCGUGCUGCAACUGGCAUGAGACUGAAGGACAGGAGCCCUAAGCUCCCCACGCCUACUGUCGUUUCGGACUCUCCUGGUCGACCCAUUGUCUCCUUCAAAAGCAACUGGAAACCAAAGGAGGUUGAACUCAAGCAGGAGAUAUCCGCUCUCCCACAAUCAACCCCUAAGCCUAUUGGCCAAACAGAGCCCGCUCCUCGCCCCCUAUCCAAGGCUGCAACUGCUCCUGUAACCCCCGCCAUCAUCUUUCCGAAUGAGCGGCCAAAGAGGAACACGUGCUCAUCUCCUACUCCAAUUCCUCAGAUCAGCGUCUCUCCCACUCCACCUACACCCGCAGUCAGAGCCAACCGGGCACAAGUGCCUACCAUUAACGUCUACGAAGACCCUCCAGCGAGGCCCCUUCCGGACGCUAACAAGCUAAGGAAAGUCAACAAUCCAUCUCAUUCCGCUCCGCCUCCCGUACCAACAAUAAACGUAUCCCAGGCCCCUCCAUCGCGCUCUAAGCCAACUCCAGCGCCUCCCAUUCCGACGAUCUCUGUCCAAGAAACACCGUCGAUCUCAGGCAAUCCUCACAACCGAGGUCCAAGGGUGAAUGCGCCUUCGAUAUCAGUAACACCGUCCGUCCCAAUCAUCGCAGUGAACGAGCCUACAAAUUCUAAGCGUGCUCUCAAUAUCAACCCUCCUUCUACCUCUGUCACGCAGUCCGUCCCUUCGAUUAAUGUCAGUGGGUCUGGCGGCUCAAUUCGACCGCUUCCAACCCCUAAACAUCACGCCUCCAAGUCCGGCCCUCGUCAGUCCACGAACUCUCGACCGCACUGGACUCCUUCCAGUGUCCGCACCGGCGCUCUUUGUAAUCAAUGCGCACUCCCCAUCUCUGGUCGUAUAGUUUCAGCUGCAGGUGUGCGAUUCCAUCCAGAAUGCUUCCUCUGUCAUCACUGCGGUGAACACCUCGAAUGCGUUGCCUUCUACCCAGAGCCAGACAACAAGCGUGCCGAACGUGUGGCUCGAAUCCAAGCCCGUAUGCGCGGCGAGGACAUCGAAUUCCUCCCAAAUCACCCAACCGUAGAAGACAUGUUCCGCCUCGAACAAGAAGACGGAGACGAAUGCAUGCGCUUCUACUGCCACCUUGACUUUCAUGAACUUUUCAGUCCCCGCUGUAAGAGCUGCAAGACACCAAUUGAAGGAGAGGUUGUUGUGGCAUGUGGCGCAGAGUGGCAUGUCGGACACUUCUUCUGCGCCCAAUGUGGUGAUCCGUUCGAUUCCUCGAUGCCCUUUGUGGAGAAGGAUGGGUAUGCUUGGUGUGUUGAUUGUCAUACUAAUCGUUAUUCGACCAAGUGCAAGAAGUGUAGGAAGCCGGUUACCGAUACAGUUAUCAAGGCACUCGGGGCGGAGUGGCAUAUGAACUGCUUCUGCUGUGUAGAGUGCUCUGGACCAUUCGAGGAUGGGCGCUAUUUCCUGCGAGGAGACUCUCAAGAUCCGGUUUGUGUCAGGUGUGAAGAGAGGAGACUGAAAGCCUAAGAUCAUCCUGCAAAUUGGCCUAGGCUGGGCCCCGGCCAACCAUGCUGAAUGUCUUGGGAAGGGUGAAGGGUGAACUCUGGAGUGGUGUGGUUUUGCAUAGUAAUAUCUCUCUCGUGCUUGCAUUAGAAACAAAAGCAUGGCUAUGGAGUCGUCGUGGUAGUUUGUGUUCGUCAGCAUUUGAUUUUAGACGGUUGGCGCUGGUAGUGGG